AUGUUCCCUGUAACCAGGACCCUCGUUCCGACACGAAGGAAGGUCUGCCUGCGGCUCGCGGCGGGCGCAGGACCCUUAGGCCGCCGGGGGCGCCAUCGCCGGCUCCAAAGCAGCAGCUCCUCCGCUGAAGUUUGCCUCCGGGCUCGACCGGGCGCUUUGGCUUCACGGCAUUACCGCCCUUUCCUUGCUCUGCGCCGGCGCCGUGCAGGUCCGGUCCGCAGUCUCCGCCCUGCUCAUGCGGACUCUGAAGAGACGCGGGUUUCGUCACCGCCUCCGCCGACCCCGUUCUCUCCCUCGUCUUCAGAAGCCUCUCCCGCAUCUUACCCCGGCUUCCCAGUGAGUUUGGGCUGGUCGGUUCCGAGCACCAGGGGCGGCCGAACGGUGGGCGCCCUGGAGGAGGUGGAGCUGCAGAUCGGAGACGCAGCAUUUUCACUGACCAAACUCCUUGAAGCCACAUCUGCAGUAUCAGCUCAAGUGGAAGAGCUUGCCUUCAAAUGUAGAGAAAAUGCACGUUUUCUUAAAACAUGGCAGAACCUCUUGAAAGAAGGCUAUGAUUCAUUGAAGCCUGAUAGCUGAUUUGGCUGUGUAAUAAUUCAUACUUCUUCAUUUAUAAUGUCUGCAUAUGUACCAUUUGUAUAAGAUAAUCUCCAGUGGUUCUGUAUACUCAGAAUGAGAUUUUCUUGGUUUUCAUUUAUGUGAAAGCAGAAUAAUGAUUUUAUUUCUGAUGCUGGCCAGUAUUUCUCUUUAAAUUCUGUUUUCUGUCUUUUAAACUUUCAUAGAAUCCUUUAUGAAAGUAAUUUCAUCAGUAGAUAAUAUUAGUAAUGCCAUAGUGUUACCAGUAGCAAACUAGGUAGAUCAUUAUUCUAUUCUGUUUGCAAGACUAUGCCAAGAAUGGAAGAGUUUGAAACUGAGCUUCGUUUAAUAAGCACCAAGGGAGAUAACUGAGGUUACCACUGUUAGAUCCACGUCCAUUAUGUCAAGUGCCCUAGAACCAAGGGUUGUGUCUGUCUUACUUCCAUAUCUCCAUUAGAACAAGAACAAUGUCACAUAACAAUCACUAAAUGUUUGUUAAAUAAAGUUGACUAUAAUUAAAAGUUACUUUUUCUUCCCUUUUUAGCAUGAAAAUUAUUGUUCCUCUAAAAAAUUUUUGAAUCAGAACCUCAUUGACUUGAAGGAAAACAUCCUUUUUUUUGACAGGGAUUUGAACUCCUCAACUGAUGACAGCUUUUUUAAAACAUAUGAUAUUUUUCACCCUUCUAAGAUGCUUUUCAGAAAAGCUUUUCAGAAAGUGAAAGCCUGUCUGGAAAGAGUACAUAUUUUUUCCCCUAUUUCUAAGGUUAACUGCUUUUAUAGGUAAUAUAUCUUAUACUCGAUGUUGUUAUAUGUUUGAUUGCUCUUUAAAGUGCCUUAUCAAAAUUAAUGGCUCUGUAUUAUUCUGGAGUUUUGCAAGUAAUAAUUCUAAAGAAGUUACCUUGUUUUUAAUGUAUCAAAUUUAAAUGAUGUGAUUGUUUUCAUAUUACGUUAAUGCCAAAGUUUUUUUACUUGCAUCUUAUAUUGCUUACUCUCUUUUUUUGUGUGUGGCUUGUUUAUGUGUCAAUGAUUAAGCCAACUAAUUCUCUACUUGUAUAUAUGUUAUGACUUCUGUACAUCUUUGAUAUGGCAUCUUAAUUCUUUGUAGAUAUGGAGAUGUGUGCAGAACUAUAUUCUAAAUCCCACAGUAGGGCUAAGAAAGGAGACAAAUGGAUGGGCAGAGAAUUGUUUUGCCCAGCAUGUUAGGUUAUAGUUCUUGAUUAGUUUUUUUAACUUAAAGAAAGUUUAAAGAUAAGACCUGUGUAUGUUCCUAUACCAAACGGUGCUUAUUUUUCUUAGGUGUCAUGAAUAUUGCAAUUUUUAAAAUGUACAAAAACAAAAUCUUAUUCAAAGCAAAUUUUAUUUCCAAUUCUUUCGGUUCAUUAUUUUAAAACUUUUUAUUGAAAUAUUUCAAACAAAACAAAAAGGUGAAUGAUUUAAAGCACACCCAUGUAUUCCCUCCAUGCAGACUUAAUAAAUGUUAGAAUUUGGCUAUAUUUUCAUCAGAUACAUGUAUGUAUGUGUGUAAAUGCAUAUAAAGCUUGUUUUGUUAACUCUUUGAUCCCAGUCCUUUCUUCUCUCCCCAGAGGUAACCAUUGUCCUGGAGGUGUGGUGUAUGUUCUAAUUUGUGUUUUUAUAUUUUUAAUACAUAUAUAUUUUUUCAAAGUGCUGCAAAAUGCUGUUUUGUGUAUGUGGUAGCCAGCCUCCAGGUAGCCCCAGUGCUCUCCUGCCUCCUGAUACUCCUGCCCUUGUCCAGUGUCCCAACCCGAGGAGUGCUGAUUUGUGUAACUCCUAGGAUUUUGAGCAAAUGCAUUGUUUGAUUUCUGAAGCCAUACCUUUUGCCCAUUUUUCUAUUGUUUUGUCUUUUUUCUGUCAAUUUGUAGGUAUUACAUAUUUUGAAUACUAAUGAUUUGUUAUGUAUAUUUCAACUAUCUUUUGUAGCCUGUGAUUUAUUUUUGUAUUUAUUAUGAAGUCUUCUUGAAUAAAUGUUUUUAAUUUUAAUGUAA